AAAUCCUCUCUCUCUCUCUCCAUCUCUCCCCCCUCUCUCCCCCUCUCUCCCCCCAGGCCUCCCGCGCUGGCCGCCAGCCCUGCCUUCUCCGACAUCUCCCUCAUCCGGAUCUCCCCCCAGAGGAACCCGUCGGUGGGCGCGGAGCCCACCUUCCACCUCCCCCACCCCUACAUCAACCCCUACAUGGACUGCCUGCGCUCGCUGCACGCCAGCCCCUCCCUCUCCAUGCUGUCGGCCGCCCGCGGACUCAGCCCCGCGGAUGCUCCUCACGCAGGUCUGUCCACGGCGGAGUACUACCACCAGAUGGCGCUGCUGGCGGGCCACCGGAGCCCCUACGCGGCCGACCUCCUGCCCUCCAUGGCGGCCGCGGGGGCGGGGAACACGGCCCUGCACAUGGAGUACCUGCAGGCCAUGGAGAACUCCCGGUUCCCCAGCCCCCGGAUCCCGUCCCGGCCGAGCAGGAAACGUCCGCUGACCAUCUCUCCGCUGUCGGAGCACAGCUUCGACCUCCAGACCAUGAUCCGCAACUCGCCCAACUCCCUGGUGACCAUCCUGAACAACUCCCGCUCCAGCUCCUCCGCCUCCGGCUCUUACGGACACCUGUCCGCCGGGGCCCUCAGCCCGGCGCUGAGCUUCGCCUACCCCUCCACCCCCGUGGCCCUCCAGAUGCACCAGGGUCUUAUCGGCCGCCAGCCGGGGCUGGUGGGCUCGCCGUUCGGCCACAGCCCCCCCCUCAUCCACCCCACGCCCGCCUUCGCCACCCAGCGGCCCAUCACCGUGGUCCCGCCCCCCGGCCUCACCGCCAGCGAGCGGCUGCCGGUCUCCAGUGACUCGCCGCAGACCAAACCGACAAGCGAGUCGGCCGUGAGCAGCACCGGGGACCCCAUGCAUCACAAACGCUCCAAGAUGAAACCUGAGGAGGAUCUGCCAAGCCCGGGAGCCAUCAGCAUCCAGGAUCACCCCGAGGGGAUGACGAUGGUAAAGGAGGAAGGGGACAAGGACGAAGGCCGGCAGGAGCCAGACCUGGUGUACGAGACCAACUGCCACUGGGAGGGCUGCUGCCGCGAGUUCGAUACCCAGGAACAACUCGUGCAUCACAUCAACAACGACCACAUCCACGGGGAGAAGAAGGAGUUUGUGUGCCGCUGGGACGAGUGUUCCCGGGAGCAGAAGCCCUUCAAGGCCCAGUACAUGCUGGUGGUCCACAUGCGCAGACACACCGGGGAGAAGCCGCACAAGUGCACCUUCGAGGGCUGUGCGAAGGCCUACUCCCGCCUGGAGAACCUGAAGACCCAUCUGCGGUCCCACACGGGGGAGAAGCCCUACGUGUGCGAGCACGAGGGCUGCAACAAGGCCUUCUCCAACGCCUCGGACCGGGCCAAGCACCAGAACCGCACGCACUCCAACGAGAAACCGUACGUGUGCAAGAUCCCGGGCUGCACCAAACGCUACACGGACCCCAGCUCGCUGCGCAAGCACGUGAAGACCGUGCACGGGCCCGAAGCGCACGUGACCAAGAAGCAGCGCGGCGACUACCCCCGCCCGCCGCCGCCACACUCCCGGGACCCCGGCGGCAACGGCCAGGGCCGGUCGCCGGGCCAACUGUCGCUAGGCGGCUUCGGGGACCAACGGGAGUACGGACACGCCCCCUCAAAGCAGGACGACUGUCUGCAGGUCAAGUCCAUCAAGACGGAGAAGCCCAUGGCGUCUCAGCCAAGCCCUGGCGGUGAGUCUUCAUGCGGUGAGCAGUCCCUCUCCAGCCGUGGACUCCACCCUCAUGUGAGCGCCGGACGCUCACCGGGGGCGGGGCUAGCGGCGGCGGAGGAGGAGGGCGGCCGGGGGGAGGACGACGAGGACGAGGACGAGGGCGAGGAGGAAGAGGAGGAGAGGGGAACGGCGGCCAUCAUGGACGGCAUGGUUUCCACGGUGACGCUGGGCGUGCAGGCGAGGCGCGGCGUGGGCCGCCCGCUGCGCUGGAUGGAGCACCUGAAGAUGGAGCGGCUGAAGCAGGUGAACGGGAGUCUGACCCGGCUGGGGUCCCUGUCCCCCACACCGCCCCCUAGAGGCCCCUCGCUGCCACACAUCCUGGGGAAGGGAUCCUGUCUGGACAGGCCAUGGGAGGUCCCGGCCCCCCCCCCGGCGCCCCGCCCGGAGCCGGGGGGGGGGCCCACCACGGAGCUCACCGUCCUGCAGCUGCUACGCGAGCGCCGCGACAGCGCCAACAGCUCGGCCGCCAGCUCCGCCUACCUGAGCGGCAGCCGGCGCUCCUCGGGCAUCUCGCCCUGCUUCUCCAGCCGGCGCUCCAGCCAGGCGUCCCAGAGCGAGGGGGGCGUGGCCACCGCCGCCGCCCGCCACCACCGCCGCCUGCACAACCUCAGCGCCACCGACUCCUACGACCCCAUCUCCACCGACGCCUCGCGGCGCUCCAGCGAGGCCAGCCAGGGCGGCGGCGGCGGGACGGGGGGCGCGGUGUCCGGCGGCGGCGUGGGCGGCGCCAUGUGGGCGGGGCUCGGCGGGGGAGGGUGCGGCGUGGGGGGAGGAGGCGGAGCGGCAGGGUCGCGGGGCAUGCUGAGCCUCACCCCGGCGCAGCACUACCACCUGAAGGCCAGGUACGCGGCCGCCACCGGGGGUCCGCCGCCGACCCCGCUCCCCAACAUGGAGCGCAUGAGCCUGAAGACGUGCACGGAGGAGGGGGGAGGGGCCAGCCACGCCCUGCCCCCGCUGGUCAGACCGCGGCGCUGCAGCGACGGCUCCAACGGCUACGCCAACGGCUACGCCGACGCCAACGGCUACUCGGGCCACUCGGGCGGCUCCAGGAGGAGGGUGUUCUACCCCGGCGAGGGGCUGGGACAGAGCGCCAGGCGGGCCAGUGACCCGGUGCGCUCCCAGGCUCCCGACCCGGUCCUGGGCCUGCCCCAGGUGCAGCGCUUCAACAGCCUCAACGCCCUCCACCCCCUGCCGCCUCUGAGCGGGGCCCAGCACCCGGCCGCCCACGGCUUCGCCCCGCAGAACCCGGGGCCACGGCCCGAGGGCCACCUGCACCAGCGGGGGCCCCAGCACUCGCCCUGCGGCCCCAGCAUCGCCGAGCACUCGGCCCUGGCCAUGGAGGUGGACGGGGAGGGCGGCCUGCUGCUGGCCGACGAGGACAUGCUGCCCGACGACCUGCUGCAGUACCUCAGGGCCAACGCCCAGGGGGAGCCCCACCACCACGGGGACCCGGGCCCCCAGGCGGCUCCGCUGGACGUGGAUCCCAUGUUCUACCCCGGGCCCCAUCAGGGCCUCCAGGAGCUGCAGCAGAGGGCGUCCGAGAGAGAGAGCCCCAGCCGGCUGCCCAUCCAGUGGAACGAGGUGAGCUCCGGCUCGGCCCUGAGCCCGCCCCAGAAGCAGGGGCAGCAGGCCCAGCUGUGCGGGAGGUGGCAGGGCCCCCGGAGCGGCGCUCACCCCGCCCCGCCGGCCACGCCGCCGGCCGCCUUCGGCAGGUUUGGCAACAUGGUGGUACAGCAGCAGGGCUCCAGGGACUACCAGAACCCCUGCAUGGUCAACCCCGCCCUGAAGCUGGAGUCCCCCUCCACCGUCAACUCCUGCAUGCAGGCCGCGAGAGGAAGUGGUCGCGUCCCGGCGCAGACGUACGGCGCCCGGCCCGACUUCUCCCAGAUCGCCAGCGGGCCGAUCCCCCCGGGCUACGGCCAGCAGGCCCCGAGCCAGGGACCCUUCCAGCAGAACAGCCGUGCCUCAUGCCAGAUGGGCGGCAACCUGCUCCUGGGCCGCUCCUCCAUGAACCACCUUCCGCCCAGCCAACCCCCCCACGACCCCGCGUCCCAUCGGCCGGCGCCCGGCGGCGGGUACAGGAACCUGGGCCGGGCCCAGCAGUACCUCAGCCCCGAGAGGAGCACCAAGGAGCAGAGGGUCGGGACCCACUGCUCCCUGGUCCACCAGGUGUCCGGGCUGAAGCUGGAGGCCCCCGACGCCGGCUACCUGUCGCAGGGCUUCGACGAGGCCCUCUGCUUCGAGCCGGACCGCCUGAAGAGCUCCGCCUUCCCCGGAGCGCUGCAAGACCAGGGCCUGUUGGAGCCCAUGUCCCCGUCGGCGGACCAAGACGGCGGCGGGGGCAUCCUGUCCCCGGGGUCGGACCAGGUCACGAGCACGGUGCGCGGCGGCGGCGGCGACGACGGCGUCCCCGGCGAGAUGGACGAGGUGGUGAGCCUGGACUUUGGAGCCAUGCUGGAGGACGGCUACGACCAGGGCAGCCUGGUGUCGGGGGUCAUCAGCCCCUCCAUCUUCCAGGGUCUGUCCCGGACGUCGUCUCGGCUGACCACGCCGCGGGCCUCUGCCACCUUCCACGGCGGCGGCGGCGGCGGCCCCGCACUCACCCCCGCGGGUCACAACAACAUGGCGAUCGGAGACAUGAGCUCGCUCCUCACCAGCCUCGCAGAGGAGAGCAUGUAUCUGGCCAUCAUGCAGUAGCUGCCUCUCUCCCUUACCCCUCGUUCUCUCCUAUCGACCGUAUCUCCCUGACCUCUCACUCCUCCCCAUUGGUCAAUUGGAAAAGGGAGGGAAAACCUCUGGUGUACAUGAAGAACUUUUGAAAAAAAAUUGAAAAAAGAUGAGGAUGAAAUUGUUAACACUUAAAAGUGUUGGUUAUUUCAAAUGUAUUGCUCUGGAAGUGGUUGUGGUUGCCAGAUGUAUUUUGUAAAAUUAAAAAAGAAACAUCCCCAUUUUAAAGAAUAAAAGGGAUGUGUCAAAUGUACAUGUAAAUAAAGUUAUAUUCCUUUAUUGGAAUGAAGGCUAUUUUUGGAAGCCCACCCCUUUGUAUAACGACAUGACGGUGAGCCUCACUUUGAUCUGUGCUUCGUUUUCCCCUGUACACACUGUUGAUAUAAAUGCAUGUAUUCAAGGUUUAACAUAAAUGCCGUCUUUAUAAAGUACAUAGACUAGCCCAUGUGCCAACUUAUCUCUUAAUUUUGAGCAGACAGGUACCAAGCCUUUGAUUUGCAUUGAAUCUCCUCGAGGGAAUUUAGGUUUUCGGAGAGCUGACGCUAAUUUUUUACAUCACCGUUUUUUUAUAUGUGGUAUAUAUUUACAUCUAUCGUCCUUUCGUUUGUAUUGUUGCUUUGACGGAUCUUUGAAUCGUAAUGCUUCUAUAGUUCUAUCGGGUCUUAAUGAGUGGUGUGUGUUUAACGGUAUCUCAGUACAUUCACGGUUCUAAAAAAAUAAAUCACAUAAAAAAUAAAAAUGUCCAAGUCUUAGAAAUCACCGUAACAGCAAGUAUAUUCUUCUCGUCAAUAUUGAAACGGCUUGUUUUUAGUUAGUCCGCUAAGGUACUUAUCGCUGUAUAAAACUCCUUUUUAUAUUCUGUUAGACAUAACUGAAUGUUGACGUUUGAUUGAAUUUUGGAGGUAAUGUAAAAUUAUACUUUUUUUUUUACACAUUGACUACACGGUGUCCCAUUUGGUGCUUUACUUGCUAAUACUGCUAGCUUUUAUGUUUCUUUAUAUUUUCAAUUUAUGUUUUACUUACAUUUUUGGUGGUCCAUAUAACAAGUAUUUGCCUCUUUUGCUGGUGAAUAUGAUGACGUUACUGAAUAGGAAAUAUUAUUUUCUCCAAAGCUCUUUAAGAAAGGCGUUUGCACCGCUGUCGCAGUGACGUUAGCAAAAAACAGUGUUAGCAUUGGCUAGCAACCCGCGCACAACGUGUUAAACGUUAAACGUAUUAAGCGGAUUCGCUAGCAUUGGGCAUCAAAGGAAUGAGGUACAAUUUGUUUAAUAUGUUUUGGUACUUUUUCUCAAUUCGUUUUUUUGUGUUCAUUUUUUUGUUUUAGUUUUUUAAAGCAGAAAUGUAUUCCUUUUACAGGAGGGAAGAAAAUUGAGGUGUGUGCCUUAUAACUGCCUGUUUAAAAAGAGAACUAACACUGCCAAUCUUCUGUUGCCAAUGAAUUAUAGAACAAAAAAAUAACAACCAUUUGAAGUGUCUUGUGAGACCUGAAUAAACGACAUUCGGCAAUUACUGACUAUCAGAGAGUCAUGGUUUGCGAAAAGCAUUCUUUUACUUUUUUAUUAUAAUUUUUUUUUCAUGUGUAUUGUCUUAUUUUAUAAAUAUAUAUAAAUGUGUAAAUACAUUACUCUUUGUGUAGGUUUAGCAGGGGUUAUGAUGCGAAGGGUCAGGGGGCCAAUAAGACGAGACUCUGCGCCCCUGCCACAAAACUCACUCCAACCUUUUAUAACUGACUACAAAUGUUUGUAUGGUUUUAAUAAAAAAAUAAAAAUAAAAGGAAUUUAUAACUUG